CAACCAGGAAGACCUAAAUCAUCACAGACAUAUUUUGAAAAAUAAAACUUUUACAAUCACAAAAUUUGCUGUGUUCCUGUUUCCUUGAGAACCUACUGAACUCCCUCCUUCUGAAAUUUUAUUCCAUACAUGAUUGACGACAAAUAUCCUUCUCAGAUGGGUUUAUUUCUCUUCUAGCUGUAUUGCAGAUAUUUCAGAAACCCCUGAGAUUGUUAAACUCAAGGAUUCAUCUGAAUUUGAACGAAAUCUCAACUUUUUGAGAAAUAAGCUUGCCCCUGACAACUUAAUCCGGAUCUUGGACCGUACAAAUGAUUUGAACUCAGCGGUUAGGAUUUUCAAUUGGGCUUCAAGGCAAAAGAGUUUUCAUCACACUUCGAACACAUAUUAUAGGAUAGUUUUGAAACUGGGUAUGGCUGGGAAAGUUGUGGAGAUGAGGGAUUUUUGUGAUAAAAUGGCCAAGGAUAGGUGCCCUGGUACUGAAGAAGCCUUUGUGAGAUUGGUUCACUCAUUUGUGGAGCAUUGUAGGAUUGAAGAAGCUAUUACAGUCUUAGUGAACAUGAAUUUGGGUGGGUAUAGACUGCCCAUUGAAGCUUUUAAUGCUUUAUUGCGUGCUCUUGUGGGAGGAAAGGGUAGAGAAUUUCAAAAGGCGUUGUUUGUUUAUAAAGAGAUGAUGAAGGCAUGUGUGUUACCCACAGUUGAAACUUUGAAUUGUUUGAUGAAGGCAUUGUUUGCCACCAAUCAGAUUGACUUAGGUUUGGAUCAAUUUAGGAGAAUGAAAAAUAAAGGGUGCAAUCCAAAUACGAAGACGUUUGAGAUUCUUGUGAAGGCUCUCAUUGAAAAUGGUCGAGUGGAUGAAGCUGCUAUUAUUUUAGAACAAAUGUUCAAAGUUCAAUGUCAACCAGAUUUGAGUUUUCAUACCUGCAUAAUACCUCUGUUUUGCAGAGAAAAUAAAAUAGAGGAGGCUGUGAAGUUGUUUAGAAUGAUGAAAGAUUCUGAUCUUGAGCCAGAUUCUUUCAUUUAUGAGGUUCUAGUAAGGUGUUUUUGCAACAACUUGCAGUUGGAUUCUGCUGUUGCCCUUAUAAAUGAGAUGAUAGAAAGUGGUAUGCCACCAAAGCAUUAUGUUCUUGUUGAUAUAAUGAAUUGCUUCUGUGAAUUAGGGAAAAUUAAGGAGGCUAUAGUGUUUUUAGAAAAUAGACAAGUUCAUGAAACUGCUCCUUUCAAUACAUUGCUUGAAGGUUGCUGUAAUGCUGGUGAAAUUCUGGCAGCAAAUGUUCUGCUGGAGACAAUGUCUGAGAGACACAUUGCAGAUUGUGAAUCUUGGAACAUUCUCAUUAGAUGGUUUUGUGAGAAUGAAGACAUCAAGAAGGCACAUAUACUUCUUGGCAGGAUGAUCAAAUCAUUUGUUAUUCUUGACUGUGCAACAUAUUCUGCUCUUGUAAUUGGCAACUGUAGAUUGGGCAAGUAUGAAGAAGCAAUGAAACUAUUUCAUCAAAUUUGCGCCAGAUGCUGGAUUUUAGAUUUUGCCUCAUAUUCUGAACUAGUUGGUGGUCUCUGUGACAUCAAACAUUCUGAAGAUGCCAUGGAAGUGUUUCACUAUAUGUCAAUGAAGAGAUGCUCUCUUCACUCCUUGGCCUUCUACAAAUUGAUAAAAUGUGUCUGUGACUCUGGACAGGUCAAAGAAGCCAUAAGACUAUGGCAAUUAGCUUGUUUUUGUGCUAUUUCUUGCUGUAUUGCCACACACACUGCUAUCAUGCAGUUGUUGUUAAGAUCAAGGAGGGCAGAAGAUUUGUUAGCAUUCCUCUCGCAAAUGUUGAUGGUGGGCAGUAAUCUUGACCUGGAAGCAUAUUGUAUUCUUAUUCAAAGUAUGAGUAGACAAAACAAAAUAAAGGAAUGUGUUUUAUUUUUCAAUACAAUGAUCAAUGAAGGUCUAACACCUGAUCCAGACAAACUAUUUGAUCAACUGUUAUUCAUGGCCAAUCAUUCUCAGUUAUCUAUGAUUUCUAGUGCAAUUGAUAGAAUUUCAUGUGGGGACAUUUUGAAUUCAGCAAUGUAUGGCUUACUGAUAACUGGCCUGUUGAAAGAGGGUAGGGAACACGAGGCCCGUCGAUUACUAGACUCAAUGUUAGAAAAAGGUUGGGUUCCUGAUGCAACCACUCAUAAUCUAUUGAUUGGAUCUGAUGUUAGAAAAGGAAUGACUCAAGCAAUGUUGUUUGACGAUUCUGCCUCACUAGAUUCUGUUAGCAAUAUUCUUGCCGAAGGCCUCGGGGAUACAUGAUACUUCAGCAUUGUGUAAAAAGAAUCUUAAUCCUGGUCAUUUUCAACAGUUCAGACCACAAACUUUUGCACCACAGCACCAAGUGAAAAGAGACAUCCGUAGAAGCUACCAUUCAAGACUUGAAGACACAGAUUGGUCAGCUAGCUACUGCUGUGAGUGAGUUGGUUCAGCAAAAAUCUGGAGCAAUUCCUGCUCAGCCAGUGAGAAAUCCAAGGAUAUGACAGAACCAGUAGUGGAAGACUAGUGCACUUCAGCUUCAGAGUUUUCAUUCCGGUUUUUCUUUUUCUUUUUCAUUACCUCAGAACAAUUUUCUUUCUGCAUUUUAUACUUAAUUCUGUACUCCCUUUGCUGUUUCCAGAUUGCUCCCCUUGCACAUUGAGGACAAUGUGUGAUUUAAGGGUGGGGGGAAUGGUUUCUUUUUUGCUUUUGUGCUGAUUUUCUUUUGCUGAUUGCUAUCUAUUUUAGCUGCUUUUAAACUUCUUUUUGCUGUUUUACACUCUUGAUUGCUUUUCUUUUAGUCAUAUUUGAACCAUUUGCUGUUUUUAGGAGUAGAUAAGUGCAGUACUGCUGUUUUUGAGUCUUAUCUCCUCUUUUGAUUCUAUUUUUCUAUUUUGAGUCUUACUUGCUACUUUGAAUUUCUCUUGGUAUUUUUGAGUAUUAUUUAUUGUUUUUAGAUGGUAACUAGCUUAGUUUUGAUAUUAUAGUAGUAGUAUUUUGUUUAGUCCAAUAUGCAGUUUGAGUUUUGCUAACCAGUUUUAAUUAACCAGUUCUGUUAACUCUUUUUUCUGACAUGGUCAGUUUUGGCUAACCCUUUUUAGUUUCACUAACCCUUUUUGCUGAGUUCAUCAGUCACUAACCUGGAUUUUGCUAGUGUUUAGCUAACAGUUUUGACUAACCAGUUUUUUAUUUCUUGUACUGACUUGAGGUUUUGAGUAUUUUGAUUCUGUUUUUAGUUUCUUUUGCUGUUUUUUAGACUGGUUUAGAUAAUUCUUUUGCUGAUUUGAAUAGUAGCUUUUAGUUUUGAACUUCUUUUGCUGUUAUAAAAUUUGUUUACAGAUUUUUCAUGAUAACUUCAGUCAUUCAUUGAUAGUAGAGUAGAUUUUUCAUGAUAACUUCAGUUCUAGAUCAGUUUGACAGAUUUGACCUUGUCAGACUUGAGCCAUAUUACUGUUUCCUUCUUGUAUAUGAUGCACUCAUGAUUUCUAGUGUUUGGAAGAACUUGAAUUGACUCUAGUUGACAUAGCUUGUUUUCAGUUGCAACUCUUGAUGUGAUAUAGGCCAUUGUUGUUUCUUUAUCCACUUGACUAAAUAAAGUCUACCUUGCAAUUUUUCCCAUUGAACCCAAUUUCUGAGCCUGUUUGACAUGUUCUUGUGAUUGACCUGCUCAUUUCAAGCCCUUAGACCAGAAAAACCAUGCCAUACCUUAUUAUUGAGCUGUGAAGGGGCUCUGGAACUGUUUUGGAUUUUGGUAAAAUUCAAGUGUGGGGGAGUUUGCUAUAACAAUUAUAUCAAUUUGAAAGUGCUGAAAAUUGUGUAAGUGGUUUGAGAAAGAAAGAUUAGAUGAGAAAAGGAAAAAAAAAUGUGGCUAAGUUUCAAAAGAGAAAAGCUGAAAAAGAAUGAAAAGAAAAAAAUGAAAGAGAGUGAUGGCUGAAUCUGUGAAUCUUUUAGAGCAUGAUAUUACACUUAAUCUUUAGUGCUUUAGCUUUGAAUAAUUUUCCAUAUCUUACACUGAAUUUGUGAAGCUUGAUUAAAGUCCUAUUGAUCUUCAGUUGUGUUGAUAAUGAGUAGCAAUGUUAGAGGCUCUUCAAGCUUAUGCUGGUGCUAGAUUCAUGAUGUAAUAUGCUGAUGGAUAAACACUAACCUCAUACCCAUGAGAGGAUGAGAUAUACACUGACUUGUGAGGCUGUGAUUCUGAUCUAUGAACUGAUUUUUGAAUGAAUAUUACUUUGCUUUACUUGCUUGGCCUGUUUUCAGCCUGUUUGGAAAUCUUGAUGCUUUGUUUGGUGCUUCUUUUUGUUCAUAACAGUAGCAGUUGAGUAGUGAGAUGAGGAUUCAUCCUAGUUUAGUUUGUACAUAUAAUUCAGCCUUUGAUUUUUAGUGCAGAGAAAAUUUUCGUUUUUAUGUGCUUAAUAAUUCUUGUAUGAAUUUUCAGCUUGUGGAUUUUAGGUGCUGUGAGAAUUUAGUGCAGUGAAGAAUUCAGUUAAUAAAAUGACCUGCUGUAGCCAAAGACUGACAAGUGCUGACCUGCUGCCAAAGGUCACUUAUGAAGAGUGGGAGCUGGAAAAGACAGCAGUAACCUACACCUGCCUGGAAAAGCUGAAAAUGGAACCUGGACAAGACUGUCAACGUCACUUAAGAGCUGAUUGGUUGGGAGCUGAACCUGUCAAGUGAAGAAGGGCUGUACCUGGACGUGUAACCUGUCUAACCAGUGAGGGCUACUUGCUGCAGCCAGUUGGAAGUGGAGUGGGCAGAUUAGCUUCAACUAAAGCAACUUAGGACAACCAGUCUAACAUGUAGCUGAUUCUUUGGAGCUGGAAAAGUCAGUUGACCUGAAGACUUGUAACUGGAGUAACCAGUAAAAGCAGUUAAGGAACUUAGUCUGAGCUUAGUGUAAUCAUGACCUGUGCAAUCAGUUUGUCUCUUCCCUUUUCAGUUUUGGACUUCACUUUCAGCCUAUAUAAAAAGACUUGGGUGUUCAUGUAGAAACUUGUUUACAAUAUGGCUUUCUUAGUAGGGUUUAUAAUAUUUUCAGUAGUAUAGUUUACAAUACAGUUUCUCUAAAGUAGUUCUGAGUUUGAGAGAACAUUUGCCUUGGAGCUCUUGGCUGUCUUAGACUACAAUGUGAGCAAAGGCAACCAAACUUCAUUGUACUUUGUAAUUUUGAACCAGGUUUAUUCAAUCCAAUUCUGUUUUUCAUGCAA